GAAAAACGGCACAUCUUCCACAGAGAUAAGACCGGAGGAGACUGACUGUGCCGAGGACGCAGAGGAGGAUUUCGUGGUGCGUCACUCGUGCGUAAAGCUAUGGCACCAUCCCCAGAACGCACAGGAAGCGCAGAGAAACACUGACCGAAACCUUAUCUUCCAUCAUGAACAUUCUCUAGGACCGGUCAGUCAGUAAAACCACGUUUUAAGUAGUCGGAAGUGGACGGAGAACGAGAGGAUGUUAUGUCUGUUUUUUCCCCGCUGACUUCAAAAACGACCAAAAGUAAAAUGAACCCUGGAGAUAAAAGUGCCAAGUGUUUUUAACAAAACUGGAACCAAACAGAAGCUACUGUGAACUGCUCAUCCGUUAAGCGAGGCAUGUUGUCUGGAGCGUUUCCAAUACAAAGACACUAAACACAUCCUCGUUUUACCGCGGAUGGACUCUCCUGGGGUGAGAUUUUCUUCUGAGACAAUCCAUGUAACACGAUUCUUAUAUUUGUACUGUCCUGAAAGGGUGGCAAAGCAUGGUAACCGUUUUAAAUGAUUGUCAUUUUUAAAUUAUUGUUUCAAAAAUUGAAGCAGCAGCAAAAUUGUAACUUGACAAUCUCAUAGACCUGCGUGUGGACAUUGGAUUGGCACCGUGGGUACUGCAAACACUGAUUUCUGCUCUGUUGUCUGCCAAUGGUCAGAGAUGUAGCUGCCCUUCAGUGGUGUAAUGGAGGAUAAUCUUAGUCUGCUUGUUGUCUGAAAAGGAAUCAAAACAUGUGUGUUUCUCCAAAAUUCCAAACAAUAAUUCCUUAAAAUUGGAAAGAAAAUGGAUUAGAGUGUCAUAGAUUCUUAGUUUGCCAAUUUCCUAUCACUGUCUUUUCAACUAUGGAGAAUGUGUCCAACUCCAGCGGUGUCCCACCAUUCUGCAACGACUCUGUGGACUUCUACUCCCUUACGUCUGGAAACCAUACUGGCCUGAACUGCACUCUUCCUCCCUCUGAGAUGUACUUCUAUGUUGACCUUUAUGUCAUUUUUCCGGUCAUCUACUCUGUAAUCUGUGCAGUGGGACUGACGGGCAACACGGCCGUCAUCUAUGUGAUCCUCAAAGCCCCAAAAAUGAAAACGGUCACCAACAUGUUCAUCCUGAACUUGGCCAUUGCAGAUGACUUGUUCACAUUGGUUCUGCCGAUCAGCAUAGCGGAGCAUUUGCUGAACGACUGGCCUUUCGGUGAGGUUUUGUGUAAGGUCAUCAUCAGCAUAGACCACUACAACAUCUUCUCCAGUAUCUAUUUUCUGACCGUGAUGAGCAUUGACCGUUACCUGGUAGUCUUGGCGACAGUAAGGUCCAAGCGCAUGCCUUACCGUACCUACCGAGCAGCCAAAAUCAUCUCAUUGUGUGUGUGGAUCCUUGUCAUACUCAUUGUUAUGCCUUUCACUGUGUUUGCUGGUGUCUUUGUGAAUGAUAAGAGAAAGCGCUGUGUCCUCAUGUUUCCCCCACCUGAGAGUUCAUGGUUCAAAGCUAGCCGGAUCUACACACUAAUCUUGGGCUUUGCCAUCCCAGUGUCAACCAUUUGUAUCUUAUACACCAUGAUGCUUUAUAAGCUGAGGAACAUGCGGCUCAACAGCAAUGCCAAGGCACUGGACAAAGCCAAGAAAAAAGUCACCAUCAUGGUGUUUAUAGUCUUGGCUGUUUGCUUGUUCUGUUGGACCCCUUUCCACCUCAGCACCAUCGUGGCUCUGACAACGGAUCUGAGAACGACGCCGCUGCUGAUCAGGAUUUCCUACUUCAUAGUAAGCCUGAGUUACGCCAACUCCUGCCUCAAUCCAUUCCUCUAUGCUUUCCUUGAUGACAGCUUCAGGAAAGCCUUCAAGAAAAUGUUGGAAUGUAGACCGGCCUGAGUGUCUGACACAGACACGUACAGUGACUUACUGAGGGAGCGCAGACAUGGAAUGCUAUGACUGCCAUUUAGCUUGGUUUGUUCAAGCUGCACUAGGCAACUUUGCACAGUUUUACAUGAUAGCAGCUAAAUAAAUAUUAAUAUAUGCUCUACGCCUAAUAUUCUGCCUGUAAACUCCACAUAACACGCUCUCUAGGGCAAAUAUGAUUGUAAUGCUUUUCGUAAACCAAAGGGAUGUCAAAACAAAAAUCAUAACGGUCUUGAAACUUCUUUUGAAAGGGAUCCAAUUUAGGGUUAUACUUGGAAUUAAUUAAUAAUUUACUGUAUAUGAGGAGAAGAAGUAAACCUUACAGCUGGAAUAUAUAUUUUACUGAAUUUGCCUAGUGCAGCUUAUGGAUGCUAUGAGAAUAUGGAAACAAUUGUAAAUUGACAACAUUUGCAACAGGAAAAGAGAAUGGCUAUGGUUUAAUACUCACAGCAGGAAAGAACACAUAUGCUGUCACUGUCACUAGAAUUUUCUGAUGAACUGGCCAUUAACUACAGGUUGAGGCCGAUUUUAAGAUGUCAGAAAAAAAGAAAACAAUCAAAUUACAAGGCAGCAAGCUGAGAUGAGCCACUGCAAACAGCUGUGACAUUCCCUGGGCUCUGAAUUCAGAGGACAGAGGAGUGUCAGCAAGGGCAGAGCAUCUGCUGUGUGAAGAAAAUCCACUUUAAAACAACAUCACUGAUUUGCAUGCCGUCAAUCAAAUCCACAUCGUGCGAAUAGUCAGGGUUGCAGGGUGACGGGAUGCAUGUUGGGACCACAGGUGUUUUGUUUUAAAUUGUUCAUCAUAUCUGUUGCAAAAAAGAAAGGAAAGAAGUGCUUUAAAAGAAACAAGUUUAAGUUGGUUGGAUAACUUAAUUAUUAUGUAAAGAUGUAUGCAAAUAUGUCAACUUUUACACUACGCUGUUAUAGGCCAAUCAGUUCCAUUUUUGUGGAGAUGUUUGAGUUCAAAUUUAAAUAUGACUGAAAAGAUUUAAGCCUAGAACAUUUCAAUUUAAUGUAUGUAUGUGUGAAGUUAAUGAAUAAAAGGAACCUUGCCAACUCUGACAACAAUACUGUAGGCCUGAUAUUGACAGGCAUGGGACAGGAGGGCUAUCUAAAAUAUUUUUAUUCUUCUCAAGUCUUUAUUUUUGUGAGCAACCUUUUGUUGCCCCCUGUUGACGACAGGGUGGCAUUACCUUAAAAAAAUGCACCCAGAGCUUAUCACAGAUUUCAACCCUGCUGAGUGGAAUGGAGAGGGGGAUGUACAUACUUAGACAUAUUUCCUCUUUUAACCUUUAUUACAACCUUAUAAGAGUUUGUUUUCCUUUUCUCCAGUGCAUCAUGUUGUAAAUAACAGCUUGCUGCUGUGAUUUAGCAAACAUGUGGUGUAUAUUAUUGCUUUGUUUGUUUUGCUCUGAGUGCAAAAACAAAGGUGUUUGGAAUGUUAAAAAAGUUUAUUAUUAUUAUUACAAUUAUCAUUAUUGUUUAACUUUAUAGAGGAAUGAACAAUCAGCCACAACAUUAAAUACAUUUACCUAUUUUAAUGCUGUGGCUGAUCAGUGUAUAUACUGUAUACAGUCACAACAAUAAAAAUGGCAACUCUGUGCUUCAUUGUCAUAGUGAUGUAUGGUCAAAUGUCCUUCAUAAGUAAAACUUGUGUCAUACAAAUGAAAAAUGAAAUACAAUUCCAGUUGGUUACUAUGAAUCAUCAUCUUUUAUGCAUUCUGUAAUAAUGAAUAAAAAUCAUGGCAUUGAUUAUAUUGUUAAUAAAUCUUUU